AUGCUUCUGGAACGGAGUCGAGAGUUGCUGGGUCAUGAAGAAUUGGCUAGAUACAAAGCUCUGAAUGUUCCUGCCAACCACAAAUCACUACUAGCUUACUGGCAAGACAAUAGCAAAGACUUUAUACUUCUUUCAAAUGUUGCCAGACGAGUGUUAUGCAUCUCUGCCAGUUCAGCACAAUCUGAAAGAGAUUUCAGUUCAGUUGGUCGCACAGUCACAGAUGCUCGAUCCAGUCUGUCGGCACGAAAAGAUGAAGAACUGGAAUUAAUUAGAUGGGGUUGUCGAGCUUCCGUAAUAGAUAUUGAUAAACUCUAG